AUAACACAGCGAUUGUGUAAUUGUUCUUGUUAUCAAAACCAUUAAUCAGAUAGCACCUAAAGAAGCUCUCGGGUUCAUGUAUGUGUACAAUGAGACAUCAGUACUAGCUUUCACAAAAAAUUAACUGAGUAUUGAAAGUUAUUAUUAAUAGUGAAUGGAAACAUGCCACAAAAAUUAACAACUCUGAUACUCACACUUCUAUUGACAACUAUAGUUUGUAAUGCAAUAACUACUUCAGAAGAAUACGAAGAAGGAGAUGAAGGCGAUAACGAUCCACCUCAACAAUCUUCAGAAGAAGAAGAACCGAUUUUGUACCACGAAGAAGACAUUACAGAAGCACCAAAAACUCCUGAAAGAGAGAAAUUUUUAAAGCGAGUACAGGGGCACGGAAUAUACCAUUCUCUCCAGUCCAUCCUCGAGACACUGGAUCAAGAUGAGUACAGGGACAAGAAAGAAGUACGACAGUUGAUCUCCUCCUACCAGAACGACUGCUCUGACGGUCACAUCGAUGUUCCACCUAAAUACAACAAAACUGGUCUGUGGCCUUUUAUUGUCAUUGAAGGAGUACAAACAUCAGGAAAGCUGACGGUGAGCAGGAGAGUGACAGAGAUCCUACAGGCAGACUUCCUGACAACUCCGCCAGAUUGUCUGUUCCACCUCCGGCCCACGUUUGAGGCACUGAACGGUACGCUGCGCAGUCUGUACUACUCUCUCUGCAUGUACGCACUCGCCAACCAAGCUAUGAAGAGGCUACGUAUCAGAGCGGUAGUGGCUAACAGGUACUGGCACAGUCAGGCGGCGUUUGGUCUGGCGGUGGCGGAGAUCAGUGAGAAUAUGCAGCUUCCACCGGACUCUAUCUUGUACAAGUGGCCAGAGGACCUCCUGAAACCAGACCUCUCGUUUUAUCUGCAGUACUCCCACAACAAACCCGGCCCUAAAGCUCCCAGCAACGUGAAAGCCAUGACUAGGAAGUUUCGGGACAGGAUGGGCAAUCAGUACUUGAGGUUUCCAGACACAGUUAGGGUCUCAGAGUCACACAUUUUUGAAGAUGUUUCAAAGAUUACGAUGCUCACCAGUAGAAAAUUUCCAGAUUUCUAUGGAUCCCUCGGUGGAAAACACUAAUUCACAUCAAAAUGGGCAUACACUUUACCAGGAUGAGGGAACCAGUUUUAAGUGAAGUGUUUGAGCAAAGAAGCUACCAACAAACAGGAAGAGUUCUGAAAAUAACUGAAGAAAAGUAUCCCAAAAAAUUUCCUUUCAUAACAACCAAAGAACUGUCUUUUCGAAAACCAACUUAGUAACUAAUGUAUCUUGUGAAUAAAGUGUUUUGUAUUUUUA